UGCAUUAACUCUUGUUUUAAUGGACGUACUAUCACAAGCGAAAUCCAGACCUCUUUCCACUCUGUCUGUAUUCAGCUAUAUACCACCAAGAAGGACAGAUCUCCAAGAAAUGCGAUAUUUCAAUACUAUCCCCAAGGCUCCAGAAAGGUCUUUGUACGACUGCUUACACCAGAGCACUGAAGGCUAUGAUAACAAACUCCACCGAGAUGACCGUGAGCACGCCAAAGCCCGGGGCCUGGACAUUUUUAAUGAGGAGUCAUCUAGGCCAGCACCUGUUCUGUCUUCAUCUGUAUAUGGACGAUUUUCACUACCACUGAAUCACUCUGGAAGAAAUUUUGGUCGUGUUGCUCACAUUCACUCUGAUUUCUACUGCAAAAAUGGAAUCACCUGGACAGUGGAGGAAGGCUAUGGAUCUGUGACACCAGUCUAAGUGUCUCACAUAGAUUAUAGUCAAUGGAGAAUACAAACAUAAUUGUUCAAAACAAAUGUCUGUGUAUUGUAUGUCUGGGACAAGCAGAGUAGAUUGUAACUAGCAUUCAAACAUGAUAUAAUAUAAAUAAAACAUCAUAAUUUAUUUAGAUUUUUCAGGAUUAAUCUAACGAAACCUGUCAAGAACAUGUCUAAGUUAUAUUUCACUCCGUAAUCAAAAGAAGAAGAAAAAAGACAUUAAAGGGAUAGUUCACCCAAAAAUUUAAAUUCUCUCAUCAUUUACUCACCCUCAUGCCAUCCCAGGUGUUUGACUUUAUUUCUUCUGCAGAACACAAAUGAAGAUUUUUAGAAGAAUAUUUCAGCUCUGUAGGUCCUCACAAUGCAAGUGAAUGGUGUCCAGAACUUUGAAGCUCCAAAAAGCACAUAAAGGCAGCAUAAAAGUAAUCCAGAAGACUCAGUGGUUAAAUCCAUGUCUGCGAUGGCAUGAGGGUGAGUAAAUGAUGAGAGAAUUUUCAUUUUUAGGUGAACUAUCCCUUUAAGACAUUUUGCAUUGUGUAUCCAGACAUUUUGGUUUUAAAUGUAUUUGUAAUUGUCAUUGCUGUAAUACAGUACAUUUUUAAAGCAUAACUGUAAUUAUUUUUAAAAUUAUCAGUGAAAUCGUUGUAGAUAAGAUAUAAUUAUUUUUUUCUGCAUUACAGAAAUGAAAAUGAGAUUU